AUGGAAGGGACGGAAAAGGUGAGCACGAGAGAGUUCGGAGACGGAGACAGUGAGAGCAUGCGAGUUAGUAUGCAGAUUGGAGAGACGCCGUGUAUAAUCGGUUCUGCUGUGUACAGGCAAAAGAAAAGGAUAUUUGUGUUGUGA